AUGGCUCCCGCGACCGCUGGCUUUCUGAGCACACAGCUGCAGAAAUCCUCCGGUCCGUCUGGGUCUCCGGUGCUUAGCACAGUGCCUGUCUGCUUCACACCACAGCGGUCCUUUGCCAGGAUGUCGCAGGUCCUGCCCACAGGUGCUGCCGUCGUCAUCGCUGGUCUGAAGCUGUGUCCAACCUUAAAUGGUUGGAUUGGCAACAUCAACUCUUAUGACGCAGAGACCAGCCGCUACAAUGUGCAGUUGCCCCUGACGGACAACUUCGGUGUCAACCAGAUUGCCAAGAUCAGACCCGAGAACCUGAAGAUCUACCUAACUCCUCAGUGCCAGUUUGCACGACGGACUUCUUGCGCAUAA